AUGGAUCCUGUGGCAGAGUCGACGUCUGGCCAGCAACGGACAGCCCUUCGGAAGCUGGUUGAGGUUUUCUACGAGCGUGUGUGGAACGCUUGUGACGACGAUGCUCUCUUCGCGAUUCUUGCACCCGACGUGCGCUUCCGCGGCUCUACUGAGGCCGUCGACCGCGUUGGGCCUGAAGCAUUCAAGAUGUACCGGGACGCAAUUCACGAGAAGCUGCACAACUACACCUGCACCAUCCAAGACGUCGUCGUGGAUGAAACCGUCGCAUUUGCUCGAGUGUGGUUCAGUGGCACGCACUCCGGCGGCCCCCUGCUCGGCGUACCUCCAACGCAGCGCCCGGUGCGAUGGAUUGGAGCCGCCCGCUUCGCCCUGGCCAAGGAGGGGUCGCAGAUUGGCGACAUCUGGGUGCUUGGCGACCUCCAUUCGCUGUCGCAGCAGCUGCAGGACGAAGCUGCGGCAGAGGAGCAGCCGGAGGAGAAGUCAGCACCUGGAGCCUAG